AUGAAGGAACUUUACACCGAAACAUCACAAUAUCGUAAUUGGAAUUAUACAAAAGAAAAGUUACAAGAAACUCGUAAAAUCAACCACAAAUUAGCAGUAAAACGAGUGAAGAAGAAGAUAAUGGAAGAAUCGAUUUUACAAAAACAAAUGUCCGAAAGCUCUUCACCUGCGUAUAGUGAACAAGGUGAACGCGUUAAUUCUCCUCGCGUAAAUUCUCCAAAUUUGAACCCGUCUGAAAUAGAAUAUCUAACGGUAGAAGACGAGUUGGCCUUGUUUACAUGCCUUUUUCUCGCCGCCAAAAGUGAACAUUCUUUUGUUUCUAUUGAUGAAUUUGUAAAAGUCUCCAAGGUUCUAAAAACCCGUAUAUUUGAACUUGAAUUGGUUGUAUCCGGAAGUUUAAGAUAUGAAUACACAGUUCAUCAUCCAUUUAUAUCCGCAUUCGGAUAUUAUUUGGAUAUGCAGAAUGUUAUUAAAGAUACGAACAAAAUCAAAUCGAUUUACGAAAAAUCUAUUGGUUUCAUUAAAGCAUCCAUUUUAACUGAUGCAAUGUUCAUUUACCAACCAUCACAAAUUGCUUUGGCAGCAUUAAGGAUGGCUGCAAAACAAGAUAAAUUUGAUUUGUCCAAUUAUCUACGAUACAAAUUCAAGUCAGAUUCUCCUAAAAAAGUUGAAUCAUUAUAUAAGAUACUGGAUGACAUCGAUGGAACCAUUAAAAACCAGGAACAAACUACUUUCGAACAAGCAAAACUAAUUGAUAAACGUUUGCUUAGAUGUAAAAACCCCGAGAAAAAUCCAAAUAGUGCAAUUUCAAGAAAGAGACGCCUUGAUAAAGAAGCGAGCGUAGAAGCAGAACGAAGAAAAAAAAAGAAACACGAGGAUGAAUAUCAAAAAGAAACAUCCUCGGUGUUUAAUUAG